CUAUAUUUAAAAAUUAAUAUAGCCUGAUCGCUGGAAAAGGUGUUAUGUACUGAUGACUUGAAGAGAAAAUAUGGGAGAUGGAUUAGUAUUUGCAUUUGCUCUGGCUGACUGCGGAUUCCAACUUUUUAUGGCCGUAUACUUUCUUAUUACUCUGUCCGAUUUGGAAUGUGACUACCUAAAUGCAGCAUCAUGUUGUUCUCGACUAAAUAAACUUGUUCUUCCAGAACUAAUCGGAAUUGGAUUGACCUGUAUUAUAUUUUUAUUCACUUGGCAUUGGUUUGUUUUUUUAUUGAAUGCACCAUUGUUGGGAAUCUUACUUUAUCGGUAUCUUCAUAUUCCAUCAGGGAAUAUAGGAAUGUACGAUCCAACUGAAAUACACAAUAGAAGACAGUUGCAAACACACAUGAAAGAAUGUAUGGCGAAAACUGCUUAUCACGUUAUUUUCUUUUUCAUCUAUUUGUAUUGCCUUGUUUACUCUUUGGUUGUUACAAGCUCUGCAGAGUAAUGGAAUUGGCAUCCUAUAUUGCAGAACUUCACAACUAUGCACAAUGGCUGAAAAAACAGGGGCCUGCAAAGGCGAGGGUUUCAUGCACUUCUGUCAUUACCUACAUCGGUACUUUGAGAUCAAUAAUCAUAUAAAGUUUCAAAAUAAAUAUUUUAUUAUUUAG